UGAGUCGCGACUCGCGAGUGUGGAUCAGAGGACCCUCCUAUUAUAUAUCCGACUCCGAGAAGGCGAAGAAAGAGAUGGACAAAAGCUUCACUUGGCGAUCUUAACGCAAUCUCGUCGAUUCUUCUCGCAAGUUUUGCUUCAUUGUUUCUGUAGAUCUGAACCGAAAAAAAAUCAAGGCGAAAUAUAGUUGGUUCAAUUUCGAAGAAAUCGAUUCCUGAUUCGCUUGUGCCCAUUAUCGCCGAAGACACAGUUAUACGACAUAAAGUUCAAGCUUUUAUCCAGAAAAGAGAGAGGCUUUGACCGUAGUAUGUUGAAGUAAUGGGCGUAGGGAACGAAGCAACUUCUUCUCAACAAAUGGACUUGUCAAUCGCAGGUCUACGCGAGAAGCAUCGUCGUGAAUUAGAAAAUCUAUCUCUAAUGACACAGCCCUUCAAAACAUUCAAGUUUUUUGUUUUGGCUGUUGCUCGAUAUCUGAAGCGCUCAAUAUUAUAUCUUUUGGGAAAGGGUGGCUGGCUUCUGCUUUUGAGUACUGUGGUGGUGGCCCUUGGAGUUCUGCUUAUAACCAUUGAUGGCCCUCAUGAGAAGCAUGUUGAGGAGCUUUCUCAUUAUUUGCAUUUUGGACUUUGGUGGAUUGCCCUUGGCGUUGCAUCUUCAAUUGGUCUUGGAUCUGGUUUGCACACUUUCGUCCUCUAUCUCGGUCCUCAUAUUGCCCUGUUUACCAUAAAAGCAAUGCAAUGUGGUCGAGUUGAUCUAAAAAGUGCUCCGUACGACACAAUUCAGUUGAAAAGGGGUCCAUCAUGGCUUGACAAAGAUUGUGAUGAGUUUGGGCCCCCAUUGUUUACAUCAUCACACGGGACACGGGUUCCUCUCAGUAGCUUAUUGCCUCAGAUUCAGAUUGAGGCUAUCCUUUGGGGUCUUGGAACUGCUCUUGGGGAACUUCCUCCUUAUUUUAUCUCGAGGGCAGCCCGUCUCUCUGGUAGCAAAGUGGAUGCCAUGGAAGAACUGGAUGAUUCCUCAAGUGAAGAUAAUGGAGUCGUAGCCACUCACCUAAAACAAAUUAAGCGGUGGCUCCUAUCGCACUCGCAACAUAUGAACUUCUUCACAAUCUUAGUGCUUGCUUCGGUGCCAAAUCCUCUGUUUGAUCUUGCUGGAAUCAUGUGUGGACAAUUUGGGAUUCCAUUUUGGAAGUUUUUCCUUGCCACAUCCAUCGGAAAAGCGAUUAUCAAAACUCACAUACAGACGGUUUUCAUCAUCUCUGUUUGUAAUAAUCAACUUCUUGACUGGAUAGAGAAUGAAUUGAUCUGGGUCCUAGGGCUUAUACCUGGUUUUUCUACUGUAUUGCCUGGCCUCAGAGUUAAACUCCAUGCAGUCAGAGAUAGGUAUUUAAGUACAACUGCUCCUGUACCCUCAAAUAUCAAGAAGGUGAAGAAGUGGGAUUUCUCAUUUUCAGCAAUCUGGAACACUGUAGUAUGGCUCAUGCUUAUGAACUUCUUUGUAAAGAUUGUUAAUGCCACUGCUCAGAGGUAUCUGAAAAAGCAGCAGGAGAGCGAGCUAGCUGCACUGACGACAAGCCAGUCAUCGGCUUCAACACACUCAGAAUAGGAUUCUGACUAAUAAAUAGGUGUUUUGAUAUCCCUUAUCUUUCUCGUUACAAGUAGACGCAAUCCUAAUACCGAUGAAUUCUCAGCAUAAAAGUCCGUCAUAGAAUUCUGUAUCGAAAUAGGAACACCAUGGGUAAACAGCAAUUGCACCAGGGCUCUUUAACCUGUGAAACAUCGAGAACUUUUGUUUUUGUUGGGUGGUUUUAUCUUAUGCCCCAUUUUUAAGCAUUGUUGAAAUUACUAGGGAAUUGGAACCUUAACCAUUCUUUUGCAAUGCAAGGAUUACGUUUAUCUA